CUAAAUAACAAUAAAAAAUAUUUUUUUCUUUUUGUUCUUGGGUAGUUUCCAGAAAAGCAGUGAAACCUUUUGUUUAAAAUUGUUUAGUUUGAAUUUUUUUCAGCAGUUUACAGAUUUGGGUGUAGCGUAGAUGUUUUUCUAAUCUAAACCCUGGACAUUCUGUUGAAGAGCAAAAUCACGUGAUUAGAUUAGACUUCUCACUACUCUGCCAGUGUUCGGAGACUAGCAGCUCACUGGAAGGAGGCAUUUCCCAGGGAGAAAGCGACUGAUUCAUACUUGCUCACCAUGGAAGCAUUCCAGCAUCAGCUAUUCACUCUUAUUGGAGGUCUGAUCUGUUUCUAUGUUCUGGUAAAAUGCAUCAGAUUUAUGAAAUACAUUUUCCCACAUACAUGGAGUGCUGUGCCUCAGACUUUCUUUCGGUCGAUGGGAGAAUGGGCAGUGGUCACAGGAGCAGGAGAAGGGCUUGGAAGAGCAUAUUCCUUUGAGCUGGCAAAACGUGGAUUAAAUGUAGUUAUGAUAAGCAGAACUCUUGAAAAACUACAGAGAGCAGCCAUUGAAGUUGAGCAAACCACAGGUCAAAAGGUGAAGAUUAUACAAGCUGAUUUCACUAAAAAUUCAGUAUAUGAGAACAUUGAAAAAAAUCUGCAAGGCUUGGAUAUUGGUGUUCUGGUUAACAAUGUUGGAAUGCUUCAUAAUCCUCUUCCAUGCCGUUUCCUUAAUGGAUCAGACAUAGAUGAGAGCCUUGUCAACUGCAACAUUAUUUCUGUUACAAAGAUGACAAAAAUGAUUUUGAAACAAAUGGAGUCAAGACGGAAAGGUCUUAUUCUGAAUCUGUCCUCCGGUUUGGGUACUUUCCCUUGUCCACUAUACACAAUGUACUCAGCUUCUAAGGCUUUUAUAAGCACUUUCUCCAAAGCACUACAAGCAGAAUAUAAGGCAAAGGGAAUUAUUAUACAGGUAGUAACUCCUUAUGGUGUUUCUACUCCAAUGACAAGGUACCAAAAACCUGAUCUUAUUACAAAGACAGCAGAAGAGUUCGUGAGCGAAUCACUGCAAUAUGUCACCUUUGGAGAUGAAGUUUUCGGAUGUUUAGCUCAUGAAGUGCUGGCACGUGUCCUGCAGUUUGUCCCUUUAUGGGUAUUCCACAGCAACAGAUUUCAAGAAACAGUCUUGCACUCAUUUACUAAUUAUCUGAAGAAGAUGUGGAGGAACCCAAACCCUUAACAGUCAUUUUUCUGGAGGAUGUGCGCUGCAAAACCCCAGCACAACGUGUUUUGCUGUGUCUCUGCAUGUGAAUGUAGAAGGAAUCGAUCAGCUUGAACCGUAACUCCAUCCAAAUCACCUGUUAACUGAUAAGUGAUUACUUGGUCCAAUGACUCUAUUAAGCAAAUUAAUUCCUGUCCUUCUUCAAAGACUUUAAAAUUUGCUAAAGCUGUUCCAGUUACUUCUAUCAGCCUUACAUAGGUAUUAAGAAAUUUAUGCUACUAUUUUCACACAAGCAUG